AUGGACCUCCCGCGACAAUACUUUAUGAUCAGGUUCGGAGAAGAAGAUGAGUAUUUGGCGGCGCUUGCAGGGGGGCCUUGGAGAGUGUUCGGGAGUUACCUUGUGGUACAAGCAUGGACACCAUCCUUCGAUCCCAUAAAUGAUGAUAUCGUAACGACCCCUGUGUGGAUACGGUUGGCAAAUAUCCCUAUCAAUUUCUAUCACAAAUCCAUCUUGAUGGGAAUCGCUAAGGGGCUAGGAAAACCGGUCAAAGUGGAUUUAACGACGUUAAACUUCGAAAGGGCAAGAUUCGCCAGGAUUUGCGUUGAGGUGAACCUGAGAAAACCUUUGAAGGGCUUGAUAGUGAUAAACGGAGACAGAUACUUUGUAUCAUAUGAAGGUCUAUCGCAAAUCUGUUCUAGCUGUGGGAUGUUUGGCCACUUGGUGCAUAAGUGUCCGAAUGUAAUCCAAGAGCGAACGGCCAUUGACAGGACCUCUAAAGUUCAGAGAACCAAUCCGGCGGAAGCACCUCAGGGUUCUAAUUGUAACUCAGGUCAAGCACGCCAGGAGGAGGACGGGUUUACGCUGGUACGUCAUUCCGGUAGGAGAGGGGAAAGUUCGAGGAGUAAGAUGGCGACAGGGAACCAGAGAGAGAGUUCCGGCCGAAACCUCCGGGAGAUCCCUCGAAUUAAGGAAACAUCGAAUAUUAUGGUUUCAAACAAUUUUGGAAGGUUGAUGGAAGAUUUGGAAUCUCCGGAGAUAAGGCAAGAAGUGGUUGGUCAAGAUGAGAAUAAGGAGAAUGAGAUUAUUCAGGGAAAUGCGAAUAUUCAGAUUCAGAAAAAUCAAACGAAGAGUGUGAAUCGCGAAUCAGGAGUGAGUUUGCGGGAAAUUCAAACGGGAGCCGACCCAAAGUAA